UUCCUCGCACGAUUUGGGCGCCAAAAAGCCUUUCUCCAAAUCCUUCAAAAUCCUCGGCGUUUCUCUUACUCCUUAAGCUUGAGAUCGUUUUCGUUUAUCGAUUAUUCUCAUCUGAAUCCAUGAAUGUGGGUCUUGUUGAAAAGUCAGGAAUGGAGAGAAAUUCCGCGGCUUGCGCCAUGCAAUGGAGCAUCGACUUGGAAAAGGGUCUUCGUUCCAAGAUCCCCGGGCAACCGUCGGAAGCCAUUUUGGACUUCGGCCCCCGACUCCGGCAAUGGAGCCGAGAGCGGGGACCCACUUUUGUUGCACACCACAUGUUCGACCUAAUUCCCGGAGAAGACCGACUCUUCGCCAACGCCAUUUUCUUGCGCCUCGCGGACGCUUUCAGGUUCGGAGACGAGAAAAUACGUGUUUCUGUUGCGAAGGUGUUUCUAAUGGAGUACAGAAGCCGCGAGAAACGAAAAGGGUAUAAAGGGCUGUUGUCAAAGGGAAGGGUGAGUAAUUCCAUGGAGUUGCUGAGCAGAGUCAAGAUUGUGUUUGAUAAUGGGGAUGUUUGUUCUAGGGCUCUGGCUUUGGUUAUCUUUGGUUGUUGGGCUGAUUUUGCCAAGGACAGUGCAAACAUACGCUAUUUGGUGCUUUCUAGUAUGGUCUCUCCUCAUGUUUUGGAGGCAAAAGCAGCUUUAUUUGCAGCCGGAUGCUUUUGUGAGUUAUCAGAUGAUUUUCCUUGUGUUGUCUUAGAGAUGCUGACUAAUUUGAUGACUUCAUCUGAAACAUUGUCGCCUAUAAGGUUAGCUGCCGCUCGACUCUAUGCAAAAAUGGGAUGCUCAUAUUCAACUGCAACUAGAGCCUACAAGAGAGGUCUAAAGCUAGCAUUAGACUCCGCAGAAGAGGAUUAUCAGGUGGCAUUACUCAUUUCACUCUCAAAAAUUGCUUGCACGUCAACAAUUCUUAUUUCUGAUCAGGUGGAAUUUCUUUUCUUGUUUCUCUGCCAAGAAAAGACUCUGAGAGUACGAGCAACUGCAUUGAGAUGCCUCCAUUUAAUCUUCAAUAAGGGAGUAUGUCAUUUAUCUGUUAGUCCAAAUCUGGUUAAAGCAUUAUUCAGCACACUAGAUGAACAUGAACUUCCAACAAGCUUGCGAUGUGAAGCCCUAAGGAUUUUGCGUAAGGUGCUUUUGUGUAUGCAAUCCGACUCAACUGUUGAUAGUCUUGAUCUCGAUAAGCUGUCAACUAUCGCUGAGGAUGUAUCCCCAUCUCCAAUCAGAUCAAUGAGUCUGCUAGCCAUUCUUGUUCUAGUUGACAUAUCAUAUAAAUUCAAAUGUAGAAGAGAAAGAGGCUCUGUUUUGGUACGUCCCUCUCCAGUUCCAUCUCAGGUGGUUUCAAAAAUUUUCAAUCGGAUAUCCUUUUUGGUGAAGUCACUGUUUGAUCCUUGUCAUACUGAUUCUGUAGUGUAUCAAGAGCUUAAUAAUCUGCUAAAUCUUCUUUUGUCUAUGGUUCGAGAACAUCCAGAUUUAGAUGUUUUAGUGCUUGAUCAGAUUUUCGUACUUGUUAGACACCUCUCCAGAAUGAACGAAAAUGUCAUGUCUACAGCACAAAUAGAUUCAUUAGUUCAUGAGAGUUCAAAUACUGAUCAAGGAAAGAGCGCAACCAUUAGAGGGAAGCUUGCAUGUAAAGUUUAUAGUUUCCUUGUGACCUAUCUUGAAGAUCUUAGUGAAGCUGGUUCCAUCACUAUGCCUGUGUUUGAGAAAGUGAAGCUUCUGGUUGAACAUGUAUGUGAAUGCAAGUUAUUGAAUAGCUAUACACACACACUCUUCUCUCUUUUGUUGCAUUCUUCAGUCAUUUGGGGAAAUAUAAGCGAGGAAAGUUUCAAGCUUGAUGGAAACUCGGGUAUAUUGCCUCAUAAUUACUCAAUUGAGCACGAGCUGAUUACUAUAGAAUUCGCCAAGAAGCUUAUGGAAGAAAAUAAAUAUUGGCCUGCAUAUAAAGCUGGGAUGUAUUCAGCUUGUCAGGGUGCAUGGUUCACAUGUACAUUUAUAUUUCAACCGCUAAUUGCACAGGUUCGUUCUGAUUUGUGUGGUUGCUGGAUAAAAUCGUUGUUACAAUUUGCUCAUUCCGAGAUACAAAUUAUGCUUUUCCAUUUGACAAAACAAGAUUCCAGCAUAACAGUCAGGUCAGAGACAAUCAAACUCCCUCUUAGAUAUCUUUCUGACGAUCAAGAUGAAAUGGACCAUGAUGCUUUGUAUGAACCUUGCUACAGUAAAGUGCUUCUAAGUGCUUAUAACAGCAUUUGCUCCUCAAAAGAAGUUUUAGAUGCGUCAGCUACUUCUGGUCAAAUGUUUUGUUUCCAAAGGUGGUUUUUGUCUUUACGAGCUAAAGCAUUAAGAGCUGUUGUGGAUGCACUUGAAACUCUAGGAACCAUUCUAUCUGGUGGCAGCAAUUGGUGGGUUGGCAAAAGUUUUGUGGCUGAGUUCGUGUUGUCAUUCAAAAAGAUUGCUCAAUUAUCUAUGCAGUUGAAGAGGCUGGCAAAAGAAUUCGAUCUAUUUAGUGCAUCCUUCAUUGACAUCGACAGCAAAAGUUCAAAAGUAAUUUCAGCCCUUGCACUCAGUAGUUCGCUGCUAGCCUUUAUUACUGGUUUUGCUCUUUUCAUUCCGACCCUACCUGAAACUCUUUCCGGUCUAAAAAACUCAAAAACCAAUUUACAAGCACAUCUGAUACAAAAUCUAGCUGGGAGGUUGUGCCACGCAGACCAUGAAAUCAGUUCAAAACUCUGUCAGCUUCUCGACGUCAGUGAACACCAGAGAAUAAAUUGUUGUCACUUGCAGCUUGGAAGUCAAGCCUUUAACCUUGCCUGUGAAGCUAGAGAUGUUCUUAGUCUUUGUAGUUAUGCUGUUUCUGAGGUUGCUCGCUUGAGAAGUGAGGCAGACAUAACACACAAUGAGGAGAACACAUCUCGAGUUAUCGAGGAUGGCAUACAACUUACACUUAAAAUUCUUGAGAAAUGGACGCAAAUCCCUCUCAGGACUCCCAAGUACUUCUUUCAGUUAAGGUCUUGCAUUGGGUCAGAACUCUUUGCUGUAAGUUCCACAAAAAACCCGGAUGGAAUUUAUGUUUCACGAGGCUAUCAGCUUUCUUUAAGUCUAUGCCUUCAGCUAAGAAAUGUGCCGCCAGAUCUCCCUGUUCGGCUGGCCAAGUUUUACUGCAUGCUAUACUGCAGUGAAUCUUUUCAGGAGCCCAGACCAGUUCAAGAAAAUAACGAGCAAUCUAAGAGCAGCCGUCAAGCAUGGGAGACUGAUGACAUGGUAGAAGUGAACGCAAGGCUAUUACAUUACGUGACACACCGCGUUACAAACAAUACUAAUGGCGGUAAGUCUGGUUGUGGCAUUGAUGAUUGUGGGUUUGUGAAUGCAUUUGUUUGUGUUGAACCAAAUGAGAGAUGGCAGGGGUUCUCAAGUUGCUUGCUUGACGUUUCUAGAUUUCCGGCAGGUUCUUAUAGAAUCAAAUGGUGUAGCUGUUGUAUUGAUGAUCAGGGCAAUUAUUGGAAUCUCCUCCCAUUUAACGCGGGACCUGUAUUUACUGUAGAAUAGAUAGAACAUGUAAGUUAUAAUAUUAGCUCAAUUGGCUUAACAAAGCUUGUUGAUUUAGGCUCGUCCCAUAGACAUUGUCAUUUAGUGAGAAAGACUUAUGGGAUCUAACUGAGAAAAAAAAGGUAGAAAUUUCCAAGACGUGGGACUUUGGGUUUGUUUUGUUGUGCAAACAUAAUACACAUCUUUUG